UGUUUUUUUUUAAAUUUCAGUAAAUGUUGUUAGUCAAUAGCAAAAAAAUUUUGGGACCUGUUUUUUGGACUUAUGUAUUUCUCCUUAGUGUAUAUUUGGCUAUAUUUUUUGGACGUGAUACUGUGUACUUUCUAGAUCAUAUUCAUGCAAAAUUCAGUUAAUAUAUUAUCAAUUAAUCGAUAAACAUGGCAGUUCAAAAAUCCGAUUCAGAAAGAUAUUUGGAUGAUCUUACUCAUAAAGAAUCUCCUAAGCAACUACUAAACUGGAUUAAUAAAACUUUGGAAACAAAAUUUAGUAGAAUUGAGGAGCUAUGUACAGGUGCCGCUUAUUGUCAGUUGAUGGAUAUAUUAUAUCCAGAAAUAAUUGAUCUAAGUAAAAUUCACUUCUACACCAAUACUAAGUUACAUUCCAGAAAAAACUUCGAGGCUCUAGAAAUGGCAUUUGAGAUUCUUAACAUUAACAAACACAUUCCAAUUAAGGAGCUAAUUAAGUUUGAAUUUAUGCCAAAUAUUGAAUUUCUAGUAUGGUUCAAAGCAUAUUUUGACUACAAUUUCAUGGCACAUAAAAUCCGUUAUCCAGCAAAACUUGUGCGUUACUUUAAGCCACUUGGUUAUGGUUCACCAUCAGAUACUGAUUUGGUAGAGUUAAUGUGGAAAGAAGAUGAAAAAGAUGUAGCACCCAGGAGUUAUUUACAGGAAAAGUUAUUCCAAAAAGAAACUCGCAAUGAAAUUAAAGAGAGAAUGGAGUUAGAAAUUGAAAAUCUCAAAAAAGGUGAAGUGUAUUUAACCAGAUUAAAGAAUGAGAGAGAUUUUUACUAUCGAAAACUAAAAAAAAUUGAAGCAGUUUGCAAGCAGUCAGGUGAAUUUGGUAAAUUUGGAAUUCAGGUUAAAAACAUUUUACGUGCGAAUCUUAAAUCUGAUUGAUGACAAAGAUAACCUUUAAGUCAAAAUCAUCGGAACCCUUUUUCAGAAGGAAGUUGUCUAAGCAAUGACUGCAAGAGCUGUUUCACGAUCUAUUACAAUCUUACAUUAAUUCUUAUAUAUAAUGCCUUAUAAAAUCUAAAUCUUACAAAAAUCUAAAGUUACAAAAAAAGUUAGAAUGAUAUAAUGGCAAAUGGUCCAAUAAAUAAAAAAAGGAAUCAUA